UCCGUUUACUUUGAGUGUGGCGCGGUCAUUUUUUUUUUUAAUUCGCGGCGGGGCACUUCACCACCGAUGCUUCCGGUGAACAGAACCAACGCUCUGUUAACGAUCCUCACCCAAAUCAAAUCGCUGCACCAUACUCAACAGGUCCACGCGAAGGUCAUAGCUCACGGACUCGAAGAAGAAGUCGUUCUCGGAUCCAGUCUCGCUAACUCUUACAUCCAAUCGAAUCGUCUCGAUCUCGCCGCCGCUUCCUUCGAUCGAAUCCCUUCCCGGAAUCGGAACCGUUACUCCUGGAAUACGAUCCUCUCCGGUUACUCCAAAUCCAAGAAUCACGUUGAAAUCUUACGUCUUUACAAUCGCAUGAGGAAGGACUGUAAUGGCGUCGACAGUUUCAAUUUGGUGUUCGCGAUCAAAGCUUGCGUGGGGUUAAGGUUUUUAGAGAACGGGAGUCUGAUUCACGGAUUAGCGAUGAAGUGUGGGUUGGAUAAGGAUGAUUACGUUGCGCCGUCGUUGGUCGAGAUGUAUGCGCAGUUUGGUGGUAUGGAAGAUGCGCAGAAGGUGUUCGACGAAAUGACUCUGAGAAGUUCGGUUCUUUGGGGGGUUCUGAUGAAAGGUUAUUUGAGAUACUCGAGAGACUCUGAAGUGUUUCGUUUGUUUUAUCUCAUGAGAGAGGCGGGUUUAAGGGUCGAUGCGCUUGCGUUGAUAUGUUUGGUGAAGGCUUGUGGGAAUGUCUUUGCUGGUAGAGAAGGGAAGGCAGUGCACGGUUUAUCCAUCAGGAGGAGUUUUAUAGAACAGAGCGGUUAUUUACAAGCCUCUGUUGUAGAUAUGUAUGUGAAAUGCAGGUUGUUGGAUAAUGCCAGGGAGGUGUUUGAAACAAGUGUUGAUAAGAAUGUGGUGAUGUGGACAACGCUGGUUUCUGGAUUUGCUAAAUGUGAGAGAGCUGUGGAAGCGUUUGAUCUGUUCAGGCAGAUGCUGGGGGAAUAUGUUCUUCCGAAUCAGUGUACUUUAGCGGCUCUUCUUGUUUCUUGCUCCAGCUUGGGGUCUCAGAGGCACGGGAGAAGUGUUCAUGGUUACAUGAUGAGGAACGAGAUUGAAAUGGAUGCUGUGAAUUUUACGUCUUUCAUCGACAUGUACGCUAGAUGCGGGAACAUUCAAAUGGCUAGGAAGGUUUUCGAUAUGAUGCCGGAGAGAAACGUGAUAUCUUGGAGCUCAAUGAUCAAUGCUUUUGGGAUAAAUGGUAUGUUCGAGGAAGCUCUGGAUUGUUUUGGUGAAAUGAAGUCGCGGAACCUAACUCCAAACUCUGUGACAUUCGUAUCGCUCUUGUCGGCCUGUAGCCACUCGGGAAACGUCCAAGAAGGACGGAAGCAGUUUGUGUCGAUGACAAGAGACUACGGGAUUGCACCAGAGGAAGAGCAUUACGCGUGUAUGGUAGAUUUGCUAGGUCGAGCUGGUGAAGUUGAGGAAGCCAAGUCUUUUAUUGAUAACAUGCCUGUGAAACCGAUUGCUAGUGCUUGGGGAGCUCUUCUGAAUGCUUGUAGAAUCCACAAAAAGGUCGAGUUAGCCGAAGAAAUAGCAGAGAAGCUCUUAUCCAUGGAACAUAAUGAAUCAAGCGUCUACGUCUUGCUUUCCAACAUAUAUGCUGACGCUGGGAUGUGGGAGAUGGUGAAUAGUGUGAGACGUAAAAUGGGUAUCAAAGGAUAUACGAAACCCGUGGGACUAUCUGCUAUUGAACUCGGCUAGAAACAUUCAGCUAUUGAUCCUGCAGCAUAGUUUGACGAAUAUGAUCGAUGUUACUCUAACACAGUUACUCAAAAACCUCUCUGAUGAGCAUCUGGUUAUAGGCUCCAGAUGAGUAGCUUUUAGUAUCCAGCUAAUCCCAUCUGUUCAUAUAUUACAUCAUCUGAAGAAGAGUGAGAUCUAUCAGCUGCAGCAAACAGAUGGGCUCGUUUAUCUAAUCCCAUCUGUUCAUAUCCUCUCAACAUUGCAAGAACCAGAGGUAAGAGAGGAGAGGCAUGAAAUGGAUCACGGUGGCGCGAGGAAGUCUCUCCUGGUUACAACUUACAAGCUACAUCUCUCUCUCUCUUCCUCUCAGCUCCUCCAAAUGUGCAAGAGAUACCUCUAUCUCGCUAUCAGACCAUCAUUCUUUCACUCUUCUUCUGAUCAGGAGAAGGGAAUAGUACCCACUAUUCUUCGACUUCAAAACCACCAGCUUGUUAAACGCUAUCUCAGCUAUCUCCAAGUUCUUGUGAAGUUUACAUAAGAUGUCCAUCACCGUGUUAAUUACUUUUUGUUUGGGCCUGUCAUUCAUUUUUUUUGGUCAAAGUCCCGUCAUAGAUUUAAUACUUACUUGUUUUUUUUGACAACAUACUAACUUGUUAAAUUUAUCAUUUGACAUUAUUACAUUCCUAAUUUGAAUUAUGUAAACCUUUUGUGAUUAA